AUGGGAUCCCUAUGGAGCUGCUGGGCACUCUGGGCUGCAGCAUCCCUCCUAUGGGCUCGGCUCUCCCCAGCAGAGGCUUCCUGCCGAGGCAUUCAGUGUACAUCCGGGCAGCGCUGCCAGAUGGUGAGUGGGAAGGCCAGGUGUGUGGCAGAGUCCACAGCUGUGUGCCGCGCCCAGGGUGAUCCCCAUUACACCACCUUCGAUGGCCGUCGCUAUGACAUGAUGGGCACCUGCUCCUACACCAUGGCUGAGCUGCGUAGCACCAAGAAAUCCCUGCUGGCCUUUAAGGUAGAAGCCAAGAAUGAGCACCGGGGCUCCAACAAAGUCUCCUAUGUGCGCUUUGUCACCGUGCGUGCCUACAACCACACUGUGUCCCUGGCCUAUGGAGAAAUAGGCAUUGCCCAGAUCAACUACCAGUACUCGAGCCUGCCUGCCUCCCUGAGUGACGGUCGCCUGCGUGUGUACCAGAGCGGCACACAGGGUGUGGUAGAGCUGGACUUUGGGCUGGUGGUCACCUAUGACUGGGAUUGCCAGCUGACACUAAGCCUGCCCAAGCGCUUCCAAGACCAGGUGUCGGGGCUGUGCGGCAACUAUAACGGAGACCCUGCCGACGACUUCCGCAUGCCUGACGGGAAGCAGGCUUCUGAUGUCCUAAACUUCACCAAAAGCUGGAAGCUGGAUAACGGGGACCUCUUAUGUGAUGACGGCUGCUUUGGCAAUUGUCCCUCCUGCACCACAAGCCAGACCCAGUUCUUUAAGGGAGACUGUUUCUGUGGCAUCCUAACUCUGUCCACAGGCCCGUUUGCUGACUGUCAUGACUUCCUGGACCCCAAGCCUUUCCUGGAAGAGUGUGUGUAUGACAUGUGUGUGACCAGAGGGGAACGCCUCACCCUGUGCCAUGGCCUCAGUGCCUAUGCUAGAGCCUGUGCGGACCUGGGCAUCUCCGUCCGGGAAUGGAGGUCACGAACCAACUGCUCCCUGUCCUGUCCAGCCAACAGCUACUAUGAGCUCUGCAGCCCUGCCUGUCCAGCCUCCUGCAACUCAGAAGCUGCACCGACCAACUGCUCUAGGCGCCCUUGUGUGGAGGGCUGCGUGUGCCUUCCAGGCUUUGUGAGCAAUCGAGGCCUCUGUGUGCCUGUGUCAUCCUGUGGCUGCACCUUCCAGGGCCGCCUGCUGGCCCCAGGCCAGGAAGUGUUUGCUGACGACCUGUGUCGGCAACGCUGCACCUGUGAUGCAGCCACCCAGAAGGUGAUCUGCAGGGACACAUCAGGAUGUCUGUCUGGGGAGCGCUGUGGGAUACAGAAUGGGUUCUUGGGUUGCUACCCAGAAUACUUCGGCUCCUGCCGGGCAUCUGGAGACCCGCACUACAUGACCUUUGAUAGGCGGAACUACAAUUUCAUGGGCACCUGCACCUACAUGCUUACCACCUCGUGUGGCCAGCACCUCUCCCUCCCGGACUUCAAAGUGAUUAUGGAAAACGAACGUCGGGGAAGCCAGAGUGUGAGCUUUGUGCAUUCUGUGCAGCUGGAGGUCUACGGAGUGAAGUUGGAGGUGCCCCGGAACUACCCAGGCAAAGUGCUGCUGGAUGGCAUCAUUCGGUACCUGCCCUUCCAAGCCGCAGGUGGAAAAAUCGUCGCGUUCCGCAGAGGCAUGUACGCCGUCCUGCGCACGAAUUUUGGCCUGACCCUCAGCUUCAACUGGGACACCCAUGUGACCGCCAAGGUGCCCAGCAGCUACGCUAAAGCUGUGUGUGGGCUCUGUGGGAACUUCAACGGGGAGCCUCGUGAUGACCUGGGCCAGCAGGAUAAAGGGGAAGCCCUCGACCCUCGAGACUUCGGGAAGAAGUGGAUGGUCACAGAAAAGCCUGGCUGCAGAACGGAUGAACAACUUCGGUGUCCCCACAUGAACAGCAAGUCAGUGGUGAAGAACAAAGAGAAGUGCAAGAUCCUCAGGGACAAGAAGGGUCAGUUCAGGCACUGCUUGAAAGUGCCCAUGUUCAACAGUGCCCUCAUAGAGUGUGCCUAUGACAGCUGCCGCAUGCCAGGCCAAACGAAGCCACUGUGUGACGCACUGGCCACAUACACCGCCAUAUGCCAGGCUGAAGGGAUCACUGUGUAUCCCUGGAGGAGUGAGAAGCUUUGCCCAAUGAACUGCCCUCCUCACAGCCACUAUGAGCUGUGUCAUCGAGGCUGUCCGCUGACCUGUGGAGACCUGCCAGUGCCCGGAGGCUGUGGCUCACAUUGCCAGGAGGCCUGUGUCUGUGACGAAGGCUUUGUCCUUAGUGGUGAGACCUGUGUACCCCUGUCCUCCUGUGGCUGCGUGUACCAGGGCGUUUACCACCAGGCAGAAGAGGACUUCUAUCCUGGACCCGAGUGCAAUUCUCUUUGCCACUGUCACAAGGGUGGCCUGGUGUCCUGUCAGCCCUCGUAUUGCAGCCCAUAUGAAGUCUGUAAGGUGUCCAGUGGCGUCCUGAGAUGUGUGGCUGUGAACUCAGCCACCUGCCAUGUAUCGGGAGCUUCCCAUUACACCACUUUCGACGGCCGCCGCUUUGACUUCAUCGGCACCUGUGUGUAUGUGCUGGUUCAAACCUGCUGGACCCGGCCCGGCCUGCAACAGUUCACAAUACUGCAGGAAAAUGCGGUCUCAGGCAACAGCACAGAAGUCAGUGCGACCAAGAUGAUCACCAUCCAGGUGGCCAACUACACCCUGAAGCUGCAGCAGAAUCAAUGGAAGGUCACGGUGAACGGCGUGAACAUGAAGAUGCCUGUGGUGCUGGAUGGGGGCAGUGUUCAGGCCCUCCAGCAUGGAGUAGAUGUGGUAAUCAAAACCAGAUUUGGCCUGCAAGUAUCCUAUGAUCUCAACAACAAUGUGCAUGUCACCGUCCCCCGUAACUACUAUAAAUACCUGUGUGGCCUGUGUGGGGACUACAAUGAUGACCCCAAGAACGACUUGCAGAAGUCCGAUGGCUCACAGGCAGUCAGUCCCAGUGAGCUGGGGAACUCCUGGGCAAAGGCUGUGCCAGGUUCUUCCUGCAUGCCCCAGCCUGCCUGCAAACCGGGACAGGACUGCCAAGCAAAGUGCAGCCCGGCUAUGGAGAAGGAGUACCAUGGGGAACAGUUCUGCGGGCUGCUCACCAGUCCCACGGGGCCACUGGCUGCCUGCCACAAGCUGCUGGACCCCCAGAAUCUCUUCAAAGACUGUGUCUUUGAUCUCUGCCUGAAUGGCGGGAACCUGAGCAUUCUCUGCAACCACAUCCACAACUACGUGAGCAUCUGCCAGGCAGCUGGGGGGCACGUCAAGCCAUGGAGGAACAAAACUUUCUGUCCGAUGGAGUGCCCCCCUCACAGCCACUACGCGGUCCUGGCAGACACCUGCUCCCUGGGCUGCUCGACCAUCACCACACCUAUUCAGUGCCCGGAAAUAUGCAGUGAGGGCUGCGAAUGUGAUUCUGACUUCCUGCAGAGCCUUACAACCUGUGUGCCCAUGGAGAAAUGCGGCUGCCACCACAAUGGGGUCUACUAUGAGCCGGAGGAGUCAGUUCUCAUUGAAAACUGCCAGCAGCAGUGUGUGUGCCACCCAGGAGAAGGCAUGGUGUGCCAGGAUCACAGCUGCAAGCCAGGACAGGUGUGCGAGCCCUCAGGAGGCAUCCUGACCUGCGUCACCAAAGACCCAUGCGAAGGUGUGACCUGUCGGUCACAGGAAACAUGCAGAGAGAAAGGUGGCAGGGGUGUGUGCAUACCCAAUUAUAAUUCCAAGUGCCGGGUGUGGGGAGACCCUCACUAUCAGUCCUUCGAUGGCUUGAAUGCCAACUUCCACGGGACCUGCAGCUACCUGCUGGCAGGAAGUGUCUGUCCUGGGGUCAGUGCUGAGGGGCUGACCCCGUUCACUGUCAUCACCAAGCACGAGAGCCAGGGCAACCCUGCUGUGUCCAGUGUGAAGAAGGUCACUGUGACCGCCUACAACACCAGCAUCGCCGUCCACAAGAAAGGGAACGGCAGAGUCCAGGUGAAUGGCGUUCUGCAGGCCUUGCCUGUCUACCUGGCUGGUGGGCAGAUUUCAGUGCUUCACGGAGGCUCCAAGGCUGUGCUGGUGACUGACUUCGGGCUUCAGGUCACCUACGACUGGAACUGGAGGGUGGAGGUCACGCUGCCCAGCAGCUACCAUGGUGCAGUGUGUGGGCUCUGUGGAAACAUGGACAAAAACCCCCAAAAUGACCUAGUGUUCCCUAACGGCACAGUGGCACCCUCAAUGCCCACCUGGGGCGGCAGCUGGCAGAUUCCAGGGUGGGACCCUCUCUGCUGGAAUGAAUGUCAGGGUUCCUGUCCAAUGUGCCCAGAGGACCGAGUGGAGAUGUAUGAGGGUCCUGGCUACUGUGGACCUCUGGCUCCUGGCACAGUGGGCCCCUUCGCCAGCUGCCAUGCCCAUGUGCCUCCUGAAAGUUUCUUCAAGGGCUGUGUGCUGGAUGUCUGUCUGGGUGGUGGCAUCAAAGACAUACUUUGCCAGGCACUGGCUGCAUAUGCUGCUGCCUGCCAGGCUGCUGGCAUCAAAAUCAAGGACUGGAGGACUCAGGCAGGCUGUGAGAUCGCCUGUCCUGACAACAGCCACUAUGAGCUCUGUGGCCCACCCUGCCCAGCCAGCUGCCCACCCCCUACACGCCACACAACCCCAGCUGCGUGUGACGGGCCCUGUGUGGAGGGGUGCCAGUGUGACCAGGGCUUUGUGUUGAGUGCAAAGCAGUGUGUUCCCCUGGACGGUGGCUGUGGCUGCUGGGCCAACGGCACAUACCAUGAACCAGGCACUGAGUUUUGGACUGAUGCCACCUGCUCUAAGAGGUGUCACUGUGGACCUGGAGGUGAAUCCCUGAUCUGCACAUCUGCCAGCUGUGGGCUGGGCGAGGAGUGUGCCUUGUUGCCCUCUGGCCAGCUCGGCUGCCAACCUACAAGCACAGCUGAGUGCCAAGCCUGGGGUGAUCCCCAUUACAUCACUCUAGAUGGGCACCGGUUUGACUUCCAAGGCACCUGCGAGUACCUGCUGAGUGCACCCUGCCAAGCGCCACCCACUGGGACUGAAUACUUCAGUGUCACCGUGAUUAAUGAGCACAGGGGCAGCCAGGCUGUCAGCUACACCCGCACUGUUACUCUGAACAUCUAUGGCCUCAGCCUGACCCUUAGCGCCCGCUGGCCCAGGCAGCUGCAGGUGAAUGAAGAGAUGAUGAUGCUGCCUUUCCAGCUGGAUUCACGACUGUUCGCUUAUCUGAGUGGCAUAGGCUUGGUGGUGAACACCACCGUGGGGCUCUCCCUGGCUUUUGAUGGCGACAACUUCGUGCGCUUGCGCGUGCCUGCAGCCUAUGCAGGCGCCCUCUGUGGCCUGUGCGGGAACUACAACAAAAAUCCCAAGGAUGACCUGACAGCAGUUGGGAAACCUGAGGGCUGGAAGGUGGGAGGAACCCUAAACUGUGACCAGUGCGUGGCUGGGCCUUGCCCACAGCCCUGCACACCUGAGCAACAGGAACCCUUCCGUGGCCCCGACGCCUGUGGCAUAAUCUCGUCCCCCGAAGGCCCGCUGGCACCCUGCCACAGCCUCGUGCCGCCCACACAGUACUUCGAGGCUUGCUUGCUGGAUGCCUGCCAGGUUCAGGGCCAUCCAGGAGGCCUCUGUCCUGCCAUCGCCACCUAUGUGGCGGCUUGUCAGGAUUCUAGGGCCCAACUUGGAGAGUGGAGGAAGCCAGACUUCUGUCCUCUCCAGUGUCCCGCCAACAGCCACUACCAGCUCUGUGGUGACUCCUGCCCUGUGAGUUGCCCGAGCCUCUCGCCCCCAGAGGGCUGUGAAACCACCUGCCGUGAGGGCUGUGUCUGUGAUUCUGGCUUUGUGCUCAGUGGUGACGCCUGUGUGCCCGUGGGCCAGUGUGGCUGCCUCCACAAUGGACGCUACUACCUGCUAGGUGCCACAUUCUACCCAGGCCCUGAGUGUGAGCGGCUCUGUGGGUGUGGGCCAGGUGGCCAGGUCAGCUGCCAGAUAGAGUCCUGUGGCAUCCAUGAGGAGUGCCGGAUAGUGGACGGCAUCCAUGCCUGCCAUCCCAAAAGUUUUAAAUCAGUGCUGGUCCUUAAUGGCAUUCAUUAUGUCACCCUUGAUGGACGGGUGUAUGACCUUUAUGGCUCUUGUUCCUACGUCUUGGCACAAGUCUGUCACCCGAAACCUGGACUGAAGGAGUUUUCCAUUGUGCUUGAGAAGAACUUGGCAGGUGAUCCCCAACGUGUGGUGGUUACAGUGGACGGCCAGGAUGUGGUCCUGGCUAAAGGGCCACAGGUGACUGUGGAGAGAGAAGCGGUGACCCUGCCCGUGGUCAGAGGCUCCAUGUAUAUAACUGUUGAAGGCCGAAACAUGUUUCUUCAGACAAAAUGGGGACUGAAGCUUCUCUUUGAUGGUGAUGCCCACAUCCUCAUGUCCAUCCCUAGUCCCUUCCAUGGACGGAUCUGUGGCCUCUGUGGGAACUUCAAUGGGAACCAAAGCGAUGACUUUGUGUUGCCCAGUGGCACAUUGGCCCCUAACGUGGAGGCCUUUGGAGCUGCAUGGCGAGUUCCCGGCUCCUCUCUGGGCUGUGGUGAAGGCUGUGGGCCCCAAGGCUGCCCUGUGUGCUUGGCAGAGAAGAGAGAAGCAUAUGAGAAAAACGAAGCCUGUGGACAGAUCAGUAAUCCCCAAGGCCCCUUCAAAGACUGCCACCAGCUUCUGAGUCCCUUGGAAUACUUCCGCCAAUGUGUAUUUAAUAUGUGUGCCCAUAAGAGAAAACAAGUAUACCUCUGUCGUAGCCUGGCAGCCUACACUGCAGCCUGCCAGGCAGUUAGUGCAACCGUGAAGCCCUGGAGGACAGACAGCUUCUGCCCUCUCCAGUGUCCCGACCACAGCCACUACUCUGUGUGCAUGAGCUCCUGCCAGGACUCCUGCGCUGCCCUCUCUGGCCUCACCCAGUGCACCACUCGCUGCUUUGAAGGAUGUGAGUGUGACAAUCACUACCUGCUCUCCCAGGGUGUGUGCAUUCCUGCCCACGACUGCGGCUGCACCUACAAUGGCCAGUAUAUGCCGGUGAACACCUCACUGAUGACCUCAGACUGUGCCAAGCGCUGUUCCUGCUCCACAAGAACCGGCCUGACAUGCCGAGCAGCUGGCUGCCCAUUUGGCCACGUCUGUGAGAUCCGAGCAGGAGUCCGGGAUUGUUGGCCAGCCAAAGGUCUCUGCUCCAUCUCUGUGGGGGCCAACCUCACCACCUUCGAUGGGGCUCGCAAUGCCAUCAGCUCCCCUGGUGUCUACGAGCUUUCUUCUCGAUGCCCGGGACUCCAGAAGACUGUGCCGUGGUACCGAGUGGUUGCUGAUGUCCAGCCUCGCCAUGGCAAUGACAAGGUCAUAGGCAAGGUCCACGUCUUCUUCAAGAAUGGAAUGGUGACUGUGACCCAAAGCAAGGGUGUGUGGGUGAAUGGUCUCCGCGUGGAUCCCCCAGCUAAAGUGUUAACCUCUGUGUCUGUGAGUAAGAUGCCCGAUGGCUCCAUGCUCGUCCAUCAGAAGGCAGGGGUCCAGGUCCGGCUUGGAACUGAUGGGCAGCUGGAUGUGAUGGUUGGAGAUGACCAUGCAGCCCUGCUGUGUGGGGCCUGUGGAAACUUUGAUGGGGACCAGAAAAAUGAUGUGCAUAAGUAUCAGGGGAAGACACUGAUGGACAAGUGGAAAGCACAGGACUUCUCCUCGUGUUCCAACUGAUCAGUCAUCACUGGCAACGGACACUUCAAGACCUGCCUCUUCCAGAAGUUCCAGUGACUGAAGGAUGUCCUGUGUGUCCCCUCCCUGUCCCUCCCCUUUUCUGAGCCACUAAGGCCAAAUCUGGAAGCAUUGAGUAAAUAUCUAGACCCAAGUUGCA